GGCGGCGGUCGGUGCUGCUGGAGCGGCGGCGGCGGCGGCGGCGGCUCGGCGGGACCGAGGGCGGGAGCGGCCGAGACCAUGGCUGGAGGCAAAGCUGGAAAGGACAGUGGGAAGGCCAAGGCUAAGGCAGUGUCUCGCUCACAGAGAGCUGGGUUACAGUUUCCCGUGGGCCGCAUCCACAGACAUUUGAAGACUCGCACCACAAGUCACGGAAGGGUCGGUGCCACUGCUGCAGUGUACAGUGCUGCAAUUCUGGAGUACCUCACUGCUGAGGUGCUGGAGCUGGCAGGUAAUGCUUCCAAGGAUCUCAAAGUUAAGCGGAUCACUCCGCGCCACUUGCAACUUGCAAUCCGUGGUGAUGAAGAGUUGGAUUCUCUUAUCAAGGCUACCAUAGCUGGGGGUGGUGUGAUCCCUCACAUCCACAAGUCUCUGAUUGGAAAGAAGGGACAGCAGAAAACUGCUUAGAGAGUUGUUUUAACCAACCCUCUUCCUCCCCGUCAUUGUACUGUAACUGGGACAGAAGAAAUAAUGAGGAUAUGUGGAAUUUUUAAAACAGUUAAGUGGAAAAGCAUAGACAAUUACUGUAGACAUGAAAAAGAAACAUUUGUAUGUUCUUAGACUCGAAGUUUGAUAAAAAUACCUUUUCAUGUGGCAACAGUUGUGUGUUGAUUGGCUAGGUUUCUCCCAUGUGUUUUAUACAGAAAUGGAAUUGAUAAACCAUUUUUUAAAAAAAUGAUUUGUCUCAAAACCGUUCUGUUUGUGCUGUGUUGAAAAUAUUUUGCUCAUACUUCAAAAUUUUUUAAAUUUCAAAUUGGUUAUAUAUUCAGAAAAAUCUUAAAACAGAAAUUGGGAAUCUACUGCUAUCAUGAUUGAUACCAUAUUAUAUUGAAUCUUGGCUGCUACCUGUUAGUAGUAGGCAGCAAUUAUUUUACAUACCACUAAAGAAAAAAACUGCCAAUUAAACCAUAAUAUGCCGUCAAUUAUGAGAUGCAUCCCAAUUUCAGAGAUGUUAGAGUAUGAAAACAUGCAUUUAGAAUUGAUGAAAUAGGAUAGUGGAAUUAUUUGAAUUAUUUAAUGAGCACUUACUAUGUGGCAAGCCCUGUGCUAAGAGCUUUAUUGAUGAAGAAAUUUUAUUACCCCCAUUUUAAAGAUGUAGAACCUGAGGCUCACAGAAGUUAAAUGGCUUGCCAGAAAACAUUUAUCUAAUAGUUAGAAAAGGGCAGAACUAGGAUAUAAACCUAGAUUUGGCUGACUCCAGAGCCCACACCCUUAACUAGAACUGAAGUUAAGGUUAUCAAAGUUGUCUGCUUUUGGCUUAAAAUUCCAGCUUUUAGUGAUCUUUUAUUGAUACAGUAACAUUUCAGUAAUUUGUACAAUAUUUUAAAAAUUAUUUUUGUUUGUCAGUUUCUGAGUAACUUGUAAGAUUUAAGUUAAUGUAUCAGUUAACGGUCCAUCAGAAAAUUAUAUUUUUCUGCAAGUCUGGAAGUCUUCAUUAAAAAUGGAAAUUCUUUGAUGUUUUAUAAUACAACAGUAUCAAAACAAAACUCUCAUUUUAAAAAACUUAUUUUAUUAUGGAAAUUUUCAAAAAUAAAGAGAAUAGUAUAAUGAA